AUGAUCCCGAACUGGCUCCCGAUGCCUCCGCAUCCUUCGACGCACCAACGCCGACACCUUUGUUCUCCUGUCGUUGAUGUCAAGCCUCCGUCCCGGGUGGAGAGCGAAGGAGACCGGUGGGAGGCCCUCGCCCUUCCUCCAGCCACCAGCGGCUUAGGUUGCGCAGCCCGCGCCACGCUGCGCGUCUUCAUCCUGGCGUCCAAGAAACGCAUCCACAAACGCGCCGUCAUCCGUCACCGUGCCCGCACCCGUCUGGUGGCAGCGCUCCGCACCGCUAUCACACGCCUCGAGAUAUCCGACUUUGACGUCGCACACAAGCUCGACGUGCGCAAGCAUGUGCUCAUGCUCGUAGCCAAUCCGGACGCCUACGCCAAGGACAUGGAUGCGCUCGUCACCGAGAUGGAUUCGGCUGUACGUCGGAUCGCAAGCCUCUACUCGAGAAAGCACAACGCCUCGUCUUCUGCGACCACGGCCUCGGCUCGAAGCAAGAAGUACGUCCCGCGCAAAGCAACAGCAUAA